AUGGCACUGACGUUAGCACUACCCUUAUUCGGACUAGACCCGGAACAUUUUUCUACACUCAGCAUGAAACUUCUUAAUAUUGAGCGUGAACAGAAUAUGAGGAAUUUAUCCGAUUCUGGACGAACUUCUCCAAGUACCGGAAGCGAAUCUAGUGGCAUCAGCAGUCUCGCAAUGUCUGCCGAAUUAACGCCAAUUUCAUCAAGACCAGAGACGCCUACUAGAGUUCCGUGUCAGAGCAAAAAUCAAGAGAAGACUGUUCGCGUAGUAUACGGAGGCCGCGAUAUAUUGAAUUUGGGAGCGAAUAUCAGGCCGUCGUUCGACUGGCAAAUGAGAGAUCGAACAUUGUCUCGAUACAACAUUCAAGAUUUUAUAACUAAUCGUCUGGUGUUUCAUCGAUUGCGCGAACAGUCGCUUACCAAAGAUUAUCUAACGAAACGUUGCAAUGAAUGCGAGUUUUGCGAGCCAUCGUCCAUCUUUUGAUAUCGACUUAACCGUAACGAAGCGAUUAACGACAACAAAGUCCUGCGUACAACGUCAUG